UCCCGAGCCGGACCUGAGGAAUCAAGAGCAGGCCUGGGAGUCUUGCCCUCCUUUGCACCCUAGCGGGGUAUCUGUCCACCUGCAAAUUCAUCUUUAAGGGGAUGAACAAUCAAUACAUCCGUCGAGAAGUCUUCUGCUGUGAAACUUGUCAUGAGCUCAAAAGCUUCUGGGAAAAAGAAAUUAGCAAACAGACUUUUUACCGAGAACUGGAGGAAGAUCGUCAGGAAAGAAGCGCCCUGAAAAAACUCAGAGAAGAAUGGAGGCAGAGGCUGGAGACGAGGCUGAGGAUGCUGGACAACCCUGAUGAGAAGGAAAAGCCGGCACACACCGCGGACUGAGCACUGCCUGCCUCACCGACUUCAAAGUUAGCAAGUGACCACCUUUCUAGGGGAAAAAAAUUAACACCCAAGUUAUGCUGACUUACUAAACAGGACGCUCUCUAUUUGUGCUUCCAUUUGCUAGGGGAUUUACAUGUGAAACCUCCCCCAGUGCUAAUGGGAGUUAUUAUCCUGCUCAAUCCCCUCCGCACAGAGGACAGGAUGACCGCAAGUGGG